ACAGAACUAGCAAUUAGUAUUGUUCUUGCAUUAAUUAUGAACCAAAGCCACAAAUUCCCAGUGUGCAGACAACUGAAGCCUGUUUACGGUGGCUGACAUAGCAGACGGCUCAGCUGUUCUGGUUUAGUUGCUAGCAACCGUGCUAAUCUUAAUGACUUAAGGUCCUCCUCAGUGGAAAAAUACAGAAGGGAAGUGGCAUUACCUCGAACCUUUGUCAGAGCCAAACACUUUUCAGUGAGACAGCACAGUGUGCAGACCAAUCCGACAAUAAUUAGGUCAUAGAGGAGCCAAAAGAAAACCAUAGCUACUUUGUUUCUCACUUUGGCUCAGCCCAUGACAUGUUGUUUGUGUAGAGAUCCUGCGGUGCACACAGCUGAGAGGAAUACUGAACAGUUUUGCUGUUGCUGGAAGCAGCUCCUGGGGGAGGGGACUUUGUGAUGGAGGGGGAAUUCCUCAAAGGAAACAGCCAGGAGGUGUCUGGUCCAGAUAACAGUCUGGUGAAGAAGAAGAUUCAGCUGUUGGACCGUGGCCAGUGGGCAAACAAGUUGGAGUUCCUGCUGGCUGUAGCAGGGACCCUGGUUGGACUGGGAAACCUGUGGAGGUUCCCUUAUUUGUGCUACAAAAAUGGAGGAGGUGCCUUUCUGAUUCCAUACGUCCUGUUUCUGCUUGCUUGUGGCAUCCCAAUGUUCCUCCUGGAGACAGCCAUGGGACAGUAUACAUCUCAGGGAUGCAUCACCUGCUGGAGGCACUUCUGCCCCUUGUUUGAAGGGAUUGGUUAUGCCACCCAGGUAGUGAUUGCAUACGCCGCUGUGUCGUACAUCGUCAUUCAGGCCUGGGCCUUCUUUUACCUCUUCUCAUCCUUCAGUGCUGAGGUUCCCUGGGCCAGCUGCAGGAAUGCCUGGAACACAGAGGCUUGUGUUGAAUUUGAUAAAACAAAUGCAUCGUCUAAUUGGACAGCAGCUGCAAACGCAACCACCCCUGCAACAGAGUUCUGGGAGAGACGAGUACUAGGUAUAUCUCAAGGGAUUGAGCAGAUCGGUACCUUAAGGUGGGACCUGGCCUUAUGCCUCUUACUGGCAUGGAUCCUGUGCUACUUCUGUGUUUGGAAAGGAGUGAGAUCCACUGGAAAGGUAGUUUACUUUACAGCCACUUUUCCCUAUUUGAUGCUGGUGGUUCUGUUGGCUCGUGGACUCACUCUACCAGGAGCUAUGGAUGGUUUAGCUUUCUACCUGUAUCCUGACCCCACAAGGUUGGUGGACCCUCAAGUUUGGAUGGACGCUGGUGCACAAGUUCUUUUCUCUUUUGGCAUCUGUCAGGGGAGUUUGACGGCUCUGGGCAGCUACAAUCAGUUCAACAAUGAUUGUUACAAGGACACAUUUGUUCUGUGUCUGGUGAAUGGUGGCUCCAGUUUUGUGGCAGGGUUUGCAAUCUUUUCGGUUUUGGGCUUCAUGUCUUACGAACAAGGACUGCCGAUAUCUGAAGUGGCUGCUUCUGGUCAGAAAACACCUACACUCGCAGAGACUAGAAGGCCCGGUUUGGCAUUCAUUGCUUAUCCACGUGCAGUAGCCAUGAUGCCUUUACCUCAGUUAUGGGCUAUUUGUUUCUUCAUCAUGGUCAUCUUGUUGGGUGCAGAUACGCAGUUUGUGAGUCUGGAGUGUCUGAUGACCUCAGUCACUGAUAUGUUCCCAACUGUGUUUCGAAGAGCUUACCGCAGAGAGCUGCUGCUGCUCUGUCUCUGCUCUGUUUGCUUCUUUCUUGGCCUCCUUCUCGUCACAGAGGGAGGGUUGUAUUUCCUUCAGCUCUUUGAUCACUAUGUUUGCAGUGGCAACAAUCUUCUCCUUCUUUCAGUGUGUCAGUCGAUAGCAAUUGGAUGGAUUUAUGGUGCUGAUCGUCUCUAUGACAACAUCGAAGACAUGAUUGGUUAUCGUCCAUGGCCUCUGAUGAAGAUUUGCUGGCUUUACAUCACCCCUGCUGUUUGUCUGGGUACCUUCGUCUUUUCAGUGGCGAAAUACAAGCCUCUCAAGUUCAACAAAACCUACAUCUAUCCGACCUGGGCGUAUGCUCUGGGAUGGUCCCUCGGACUGUUCUGUGUUCUUCUGGUUCCCCUGUGGAUCAUCUUUAAAGUUACUACCAUGAAAGGGACUCUAUGGCAGAACGUCAAGCAGCUCUGUCGCCCUGAAAACAAGAUGCACAACACAGCAAAGCAACCUGAGCAGUGUCCUUUGAAUCCAGAAAACACUCCUACACCUGCUGCCAACGAAUACAAGGGAAGUGGCGGAACUGAGAUGGAGAUGCAAGUGUGAGAAACUGAGCACUUUUGAUAAUGUUUGAAAUGUGAUGUUUUUGUUUUUUUUGUUUUUUGUUUUUGCUAAGCUCCAGGUUUCAGAAGCUAAGCAUUCUUAACAUAUUACGAUGAGCAAUAAAUUCUGAAGCCUUUCAUUUCAGAUGAGGUCCGCAGCCUGCACAAUAAGCAGUCAUGUGUCACCAUCAUAGACCUACCAUGUAAACACAGUAUUUAGAAGAUAGAGUUUAUGGCGUUUGUUAAAGCUAUUUUCAUUCAAAGCAAAUCAUUUCAGGAUUCAGUCUUUCACUUUUACAGAGGAUCAGAAGAUGCUAAUUCUAAUUAUCACUGUCCACUAACAUGCACUGUCACCACAGAUUUUUAGACAAUCCCACACCCAUAAAAUAAAACAUCUGGGAGUGGCAGCUGAUAAAUUCAUUCAAUGCAGAAUGAUUUAUAUAAAAAGUAAAUGUUGCCUUAAUAUUAUAGUGCCUAUAAAAAAUAUUUGCCCCUCCUCUGUGGAAGUUUCCCCCAUUUUUUGUUAUUUAAUUUCAACACUAAAUCAUAGUCAAUUUAAUUCGGCUUUUUUGAUAAGAAUUUACCCCCCAAAAUACUCUUUCAUGUCAAAGUGAAAACAGAUUCUUACAAUGUCCACACAUUUUUACAAAGAAAUGUGAAUCUUUUUGUAAAAAAUUAAAAAAAAAUAAAAACAUAAAAUAAGUGAUUGUAUAUAUAUAUAUAUAUUCACCCCCUCUCAAGUGACUCACCUUUUUCAGCACAGGUGCAGCCAGUCGGUGCUAAAAGUCUCACAGUUAUUGAAAUGGAGAUCAUCUGGUUGCAGUGAAUCUGUCUCAAGUAACUGUAGUAUAAAGACUCUUGUAACUGGAAGGUCCAGUCAGUGGUGGAUCACUUUUUCUGGCUAUAACUACACCAUGAACACAAAAGAACACUCAAAGCAACUCCGUGAAAAAGUUAUAGAAAAGCAUAAGUCAGGGGAUGAUGUGCAUCCCUCUGAAGUCUUUACUGGAUCUGGAGAUCCGCAAAUCUUCCACUCAGUGUAUAUCAAACACAAUAUCAUUAAGACUCAGAGUUUACGGACAAGUCUUAAGGAUUUACUGUAAACUUAAAAAAAAUACAGCAAAAUGAGGCGGGCUCAUGAACUCAGGAACUGAUAAAGGUUUGACAAACCAUCUUUUUAUACCCUAAAGGGCUCCCUCUGUCUUGGGGUGUCAUUGUAGAUUUACAACCUUGACCUGUUUAUCUCUGUUUUAUGGCUUACCCACCUCAAAAAGAGGCAGUUUUUUUUUCUCACACUGUGGUAGAGCGAUAAUCCCACAAACCCUCACAGGAGCCCAGGGUGGUUUUGCAGUCUUCUCAGCAUAGACUGCAGGACUUGUAAACAGAAGUAACUGUGCCAAGUAAAUCCUCACAGAGUAAGAUUAAAAUUAGUAGUUCAGCUGAAGCUGCUGAUACAACUUUGAAAAAUACAAAACACCAACAACUCCUCGGAAGGAGUUACAAGCUACAGUCUCCACUGGGAGGGUAGCAAAGAGAAGGUCAGUGCUGAAAAAAUGUAAGUUUAAAUCACAACUACAGUUGACCAGAGGACACGAGAGACUCAGAAGUCAAAUGAAAUAAACUUCUUUGUGUCUGGCAGACACCAAACACUGCACACCAUCCCCACUGAGAAGCAUGGUGGUGGCAGCAUGAUGAUGUGGGAACACUUCUCAGCAGUAGACCCCGGAAGGCCUGUAAAGGUGGAGGGUAAAAUGAAUGCAGAAUAGAGAAAUCCUGGAGGGCAACCUGACACAGUCUGCAAGAGAACAGUGAGUUGGGAGGGGAAAAAAAUCCAGUAACAUCAUACAGCCUGUUCACUCAUUAUCCCUGUGUAACCUGAUAAAGCUUAAGCAGCUUUGCAAAGAAGCAUAGAUUUUAAAAUUGCAUUGUCCAGAUGCACAAGACUGAGACCUAUUCACACACUCGACGCAGUAGUUGCUGCUAAAGAUGCGUCUAUGAAAUAGUGACAUGAAGGGUUAAAUACUUAUGCAAUCACUUAUUGUAUGUUUCAUAUUUUUUACAUAGUAAUGGACAGUAUGUUGGAGAAAUCUGUUUUCCCUUUGACUCUUUUUUUUUUUUUUUUUUUUAACAAACUGUCAUCAAAAAAGGCCAAAAGAAAUUGACUUCACUAUGAUUUAAUGUUGAAAAGUAAUAAAAAGGGGAAACUGCAACGGGGUGGAUACUUUUUAUAGACACUAUCUGUCAGCUAUCAGCUUUCCAUGUUAUAUGUUUUUUUAUUGUUACAUUUAUUUAUGUACAUCAGUUUUUAUAUUCACAGAUGAUUUGCUGUAAUGUAGUGGGCACCAUAAGCAUGAGAGAACAAAGAAACUAAUUAUUUCCUCAUUUUUCUUUGCUGUAUCAGCUGGAUCCCAGCCCAUCACAUCUCACUGAGUGAUGGGAUUUCUGCAUAGGUUUAUAUACCUGCAGUUUGUCAAAUGGACCAAAGUUGCUUAACACAAUACAACAACAAUACAUACUUAAUGCCAGUCACACUGUUCUCACAUGGUAUCACCAAGUCAAUAUGCAUCAAAUCGCCACACAAAACUAAUUUCAGGAAUCAGGGCUCCAGAAAUAAAAGCCCUAUUUAUUUGCUUCACAUAGAGUGUUAGCUGUCUUUCAGCUGAGGCACAAAUGCAAAAAGCCUAAAGUAACAAGAAAACCUCUAAUGAGAAGUCCUCUAUAACUCCCAGGGAAUGUUUCAUUUGGAAUACACAAUAUUGGGUUUCCGUUUGGAGUAGUUUUGUGUAUGCUAGCAGUUCUGAUUUGGCUAUACCAAACAGAAAUAUUUAUAGAUGGUAGUCAUAGUCCUAUAAUAUCAAUAAAUGAUCCUGUGUUUAGGCCCAUUCAUCUCACACGCGUACAUUUGUGUGCCUUCACCAACCAGUCGCAGUUUACUUCCACGUCUGUCCAGUCUCAUAUAUUAUAUGUAGUAACUUGAAAAACUGAGUCCUGGUAUGUGUUCACAUACUUGGCCAAAUAAGCUGAUUGUGAUAGAAUACAAAGCUGUAGCUGCUGCAAGGAAGCUACAAAUUCUCUGACAUGGAUGCUUCACACACAUCUUAAAUCGCUUUAAAAGUUUAAUACAACAACCGCAUUUUUAAGAUGGACACCCAAGAUGAGCGUCACCAAUUCAGCAUCUGACCAAAUGUAAAAUAUGGUUACAGAAGGGGUUCUGAGUUGAGUAAUGGACAGAAAAGUGUUUUUACAGAGAUAUGUCACAGUGAAGUUGACCUUUCAGAUAUGAAAUCACUUUAUUGCUGUAUCUUAUUGGACGUUUGUGUGAAUUUUCUGUCACGCUUAAGAAAAGAGUUCUCGAGUUAUGGAAUAAAAUGUGUUUUGUGAGGUUACAGUGACCUUUAACCUUUAACCACUACAACUUAAUAACUUCAUUGUUGAGUCCAGGUGAACUUUUGUGCCAAUUUUUUUAAGCAAUUCCCUCAAGGUGUUACAGAUGUACUGUGUCCACAAGAAUGAGGAGGAUGGAAAAAACACAAACAGCUGCAGGGAGGAUGCAGCUAUGCCCACAGAAAAUGUUUUGAUACAGAAUAUAUUAUAUAUAACAGUAUGUAUUUCAGUGUCAUACACGCACAAUUUUUGGGAGUGGGCUAUGACUUUUACUCACUUUACUUUUCACUGUGUUUGUUUAUUGAUGUAACGAUCCAUAACUGCUGAUUCCUGGAAAAUUAAUGUUGAUCUCCAAUGUCAAAGUGAGGGUGAUUUAAGUAAUAAUACUCACAGAUAUGCGUUGUAACAAAUUAAGACUGAAAUGUUGUAACCAUGUUGCACAUGAAGCACCAAUCAUUUAAUAACACUUAGUAAUUACUAUACUUGCAAGUUGUCUUCCAAGGAGAGGUGGCAUCUCUGUAGCACCUGGAAAAUCACAAAGAAUCGCAAAACAUAUGCACUUUGUCACAUAUUUAAUGUUGACUUUGUAUUAGCAUUCUAAAAAACUUUUAUCAAAUUAUAUAUAUGCUCUGGGAGAUCAAUAAAUGAUGUUUUAGACUGUG